GGCAGAACACGGGAACAAUGGACGGAGACGAGAGAAAGGACUGAAUUAACUGCACUGAAGAUGAAAGGGGGAAAUUAGAGGUCAGGGACAUCAGGACAAUGGACGGAUGGGUAUGACAGAAAACAGAAAGGCGAGCAAAGAAGAUAAAUGCUGGAUGGGAAUUUGCCACCGCAUUCAUUGUGUAUGUCAUCCACUUGUUCAUUUAAGCAGAUAUUGUUCAAGAGAAUGUGUUCAUUUGGUGAGGAAGUUGAGAGAACAGAUGAGAGCACGAGUGAGAGGCAGCGAUGGAGGAGUGUGUCUGACAGAGAGAGAGAGAGAGAGAGAGAGAGAGAGGGUGAAGUGAGCGGGAGGCAGGGAGUUAGUGGAUAAAUGAGAGAGCAGCGCUGGCUCAGCCACAGCGUCUUACUGCCAGGCGAGGGAAGGAACGCUCACCGCUCCGCAGGCCCACAACCAGCUGCUUCCAGGAGCGUCUCCUGCAGCAUGAGCUGGGUGUCUGGACCUGAAGCCUUUUCCCAUGAGGCCGUUGGGAGAAGCCCCCGCUCCAGGAUUUAUCGCCUAACCUGCGGCGCUGCAGGAGCUGUGGUUUCCCCAGGAACCACUGACUUUGGGUCCUCGCGCUAAAAGCUGCCGCCUCCACGUCUUCCUGUGACAUCAUGCUGUGGCUCUGCUGCUGUUAGCAUGGCUGCUGUCAACAGCUCGGACUUGGCGUGAGGACCAGCCAGAGUUUCUUGUUGCGUGUCUGAAUGUGCGUGCGUCAGGAUGAGUGUUCCCAUGCUGAAGAUUGGUGCGGUGCUCAGCACCAUGGCCAUGGUGACAAACUGGAUGUCCCAGACUCUGCCUUCGCUGGUCGGACUCAACGGAACCAUCAUCUCCUCUGAGGGCACACAUGAGCGCAUCGUCAGCGGCCUGUAUCCCGGCUCGGAGGACGGCUGGCAGGUGUACAGCACGGCUUCGGACCCGGACGGCAGGUGCGUGUGCACGGUGGUCGCUCCCGCACGGAACCUCUGCAAGCGAGACCCACGGAGCCGCCAGCUCCGCCUGCUCACGGAACAGGUCCAGAACGUGAGUCAGUCGAUGGAGGUGGUCGACCUGCGCACGUCCAGAGACCUGCAGUACGUCAGGGAGUCGGAGCCGCUGCUGAGAGGAGUGGACGGACGUCUGCACACUUAUGUGACCAACCCCCGUUCUCUGACAGCGAAAGGCCUGCAGGAGUUGAAGGGCCAGAUGUCUCAGCUGCGGCCCCUUCUGUCCGUGGUGGAGCAGUACAGGUCGGACCUGCAGACGCUGGCCACGCUGCGGCUGGAGCUGCUCAACCUGUCCAUCAUCCUGACGGCCAUUCAGGAGGAGAUCGGAGCGUACGACUACGAGGAGCUCCAGCAGAGGGUCCUACUGCUGGAAACCAGGCUGCACCGCUGCAUGAACAAACUGGGUUGUGGCCGACUGACUGCGGUUAGCAGCCCGAUCACCGUGAGAGCCUCGGGGUCCCGCUUUGGCUCCUGGAUGACUGACGCCAUGAUUCCUAGCUCUGACAGCAGGGUGUGGUCCAUGGACGGCUACUACAAGGGCCGGCGCGUGCUGGAGUACAGGACCAUGGGGGACUUCACCAAGGGACAGAACUUUGUGCAGCACCUGCUGCCCCACCCCUGGGCCGGGACCGGCCACGUGGUCUACAACGGGUCGCUCUACUACAACAAGCACCAGAGCAACAUCCUGGUCCAGUACCACUUCCGCUCGCGCAGCGUGCUGCUGCAGCGCAGCCUGAGCGGAGCCGGGUACAACAACACCUUCCCCUACAGCUGGGGCGGCUCCUCCGACAUCGACCUCAUGGCGGAUGAGACGGGGCUCUGGGCCGUCUACACCUCCAUCCCCAACGCCGGCAACAUAAUGGUGAGUCGUCUGGACCCUCGGACCAUGGAGGUGCUCCGGAGCUGGGACACGGGCUUUCCCAAGCGCAGCGCCGGCGAGGCCUUCAUGAUCUGCGGCACGCUGUACGUCACCAACUCCCACCUGGCCGGCGCCAAGGUGCACUUCGCCUACCACACCAACUCCUCCACGUACGAGUACACCGACAUCCCCUUCCACAACCAGUACUCCCACAUCAGCAUGAUGGACUACAACCCCAGGGAGCGGGCGCUGUACACGUGGAACAACGGACACCAGGUCCUCUACAACGUCACGCUCUUCCACGUGAUCCGCAGCGACGGCUAGUUCGACGGAGACGGAGGAAAUGAGUCGUUAAAGGACACGCACACUCACACACUCACACACUCACCUAUACAAUGGCCAUUCACAUCAGCAGGCAAAUGAAUGACUGUCUGCAUUUGAAUGUGAAUGACUUCUAGCCCGCAGAGCUCACGAGCUAAUAACUAGACACAAAACACGGUUGUGGAACACCAGCCGAAAGGUCACAGACGAGCGUGCGUUCAUCCCAGCGAAGAAGAAAAUGAACUCCGUCUGCGGCGGUGACAGAAGGAAGUCUGGGCUCAUUCAUAUUCUGUUGCGUUUCAUCCCACUUGUGUCCCAUGAAGUUGAGAUCAAAUUGUAAAAUAAAGAAAAAAAAAAAACAGCUCGUGGACUGAAUUUCAACUCGUUGGCCCAGAUGGAGAUCCUGCAUUGUGGGCGUGUGACGUGAUCGUGGACGUGUUCAGUCAGCAUGGUUGUUCAUUCAAUAAAUCGUAUUGUUAAACUUU